UUCCUCAUCUCAGCACGCAAACCUUUGGCCAUCCCAGCCCCUCUGAGGGAUCCCGGCUGGCUGGGUUGGGAGCCAGCGCCGCGCCGCGCCGCCCAGCCGAGGGAGAGGGGAUCCCGUGUGUCCCUCGACUCUCUCUGGAGCCCUAGCAGGUUCAUGUUGGGAAAAGGUUUGAAACGCAAGUUGAGUGAUUAUGAAGAGAACAUGGCUGGUGUGUCAAGUGCCUUUGAUUCCAGUCGAAACCUGCCAUACCCACUCAAGCGUCAGUUGGUGCUCAAUGUUUGCCUUGCCAAGUUACAGACAUAUAAGAUGCUGGUGGAACCAAAUUUACAUCGUUCUGUCCUUAUAGCCAAUACUGUCAGACAAAUCCAAGAAGAGAUGAGGCAAGAAACUAGCCAACAGUCUGUUAACAUGUGGGGUGGUUUAAGUACUGCCCCUUCCAAUUAUUUAGGUUUUGAUUUCUUUGGAAUGCCUUCACAUUUUUUGCCUGGUAUUAUUCAACAGGAAUCAUAUGGUUAUGAACCACGGUCUAUGGAAAGCCCAAUUGAAAAUAGCUUGUUGAUGGUUUCAGAUAACGACAUGUCAUCAGCCAUUUCCUCUAUUCUAAAAGAUUUGGACUUCAUGGAAGAUGUGAGUCCGCCUUCUUACUUGGCUGGAUCUGGAGAUGAUCAAUUGAAGACCUCUGAAAUGUCAGUUCUUAAGUUAGAAGAAGAUAGACAAGACUUGAAAGGAGUUGAAUGUGCAUUUGGUUCCUUUGAAAUUUCAAAUUCAACUAGUUACUUGAAGGACUUGGCUAUUGAUGACAUAUUUGAAGAUAUUGACACUUCAAUGUAUGAUUCAGACUUUGAUUGCCCCUCACCAACUCCUCCAAGAACCCUGUCUGUGGCAACAACAGAAGAAACGUUGAAGGCAUUCCCUUCUUGUAAUUCUUCCUCGGCAAACAACAUCCCAAUAUGCAGAAGUGAUAUCACUGAUUUAGACCAUAUUAUGGAAAUUCUUGUAGGGUCCUGACACCUUUGCUAGCCCAAAGAUGCGUUUUCCUAAGCUGCCAUACAAUGCUGGUUUGAAGAUAAGUCUCAGAGGAGAGUGAACUUCAAAACGUUAUGCCAGAAAGGCAGCUACAGACAUUUUUCUUUAAUGGUUCUGAAAACCUCCCUAAAAUUCUUAUAAACCAAAAAAAAA